AUGUCUGGCAAACUCCUCACUCCUAAAUUGUCCCACUGUGUCAAUGAAUACAUUUCAGUAGGCAUUGGUAUUCGUGAAUGCGUUGUUUUUGGGGUUGCAGGAAUUUUGGCAGGGGUCUACAUUGGUAGCUGCCUUGUUAAGGGUUAUAAUGCUAGUGUUUCUCAUAAUUCAGCACUUGCAGGAGUAGGAGCAUAUGGGAUCGAAGAACACCACUGGAGAAAUUCAGUAAGUUUUGCGGUUGAUCUGGAAGCUAUGGGUAUCAGUGAAUCCACACUCUUCCAGGGUACUGACCAUUGGGCGUUGGAAAGCUUUGCAGCUGUAGCCAAAUACCCAUCUGCUCAGAUAGCUUCACAGGAUGUUUUUCGUUCUGGAGCAAUAAAAUCUGCUACCGAUUUUCAAAUAUAUGAGGAAGUUGGCCGUCUUCCUGGACUUGAUUUUGCAUAUACCGAUACGACAUCUGUGUAUCAUACGAAGAAUGACAAGAUGACGCUUCUGAAACCGGGGUCUCUUCAGCAUAUUGGAGAUAACAUGCUUGCUUUCCUACUCCAUUCUGCAGCAUCUCCAAAAUUUUUGAAAGAUGCACAACAACGGAAGCAAGGAAACACAGAGCAGGAUAAAGCUGUUUACUUCGAUAUCCUGGGAAAGUACAUGGUGGUCUAUCCACAGCGACUUGCUACCAUGUUUCACAACUCAAUCAUAUUGCAGUCACUUCUAAUAUGGGGAACAUCAUUGCUUAUGGGUGGACACCCUGCACUGGUGUCCUUUGCAAUAUCAUGCUUGAGCAUCAUUCUAAUGUUGAUAUUUUCUUUCUGCUUACCAGUUGUGGUAGCAUUUGCUCUGCCCUACAUAUGUCCGUUUCCUGUUCCAUAUGUUGCAAACCCAUGGUUAAUUAUUGGCUUAUUUGGUUCACCUGCACUGCUUGGAGCAUUUAUUGGUCAGCAUAUUGGAUUUAUUCUCCUGAAGAGGCAUCUUCGACAUGUGUAUUCCAGAACAAAAACAGGCUUAACUCUUAGCACGAUGGAAAAUGUUAUUGACCUGGAAGCUGAGAGGUGGAUUUUUAAAUCUGGUUUUGUCCAAUGGCUAAUAGCUCUGAUACUAGGAACUUAUUUCAAGGUUGGAUCAUCAUAUAUAGCACUCAUCUGGCUUGUUUCGCCUGCUUUUGCAUAUGGUUUUUUGGAAGCUACUCUCUCCCCUGUUCGGCUACCUAAACAGCUUAAGGUUGUCACAUUGGUUCUGGGUUUGGCUGCACCAGUUGUGUCCUCUGCUGGUUUGGCUGUUCGCAUGGUCGAUGUAAUUGUUGGAAGUAUUGUACGCAUUGACAGGAAUCCUGGCGGACUACCAGACUGGCUUGGAAAUGUAAUAGUUUCGGUUGCCAUUGCUGUUGUCGUCUGUUCCACGUUUGUGUAUCUUCUUUCAUACAUUCAUAUCUCAGAAAGUGAUUCAGUUACAGGUGGUGCUCGACAGACAGUAGUAUCAGUUGAUACCAAGUCAUCGACACGUUGGACACUUGGAAUCAACAAAGAGGAAAUCGAUGACUUCACAGUUCAAGUGGAUUCAGAGAAAAUAGUCCUACUCGGCGAUAAGAGCGAGAUAGAUGGGUGGCAUACAAUCCAGUUCGCAGGUGGCAAAAACUCGCCGACAAAAUUCCAGCUAACCCUAUACUGGUCGAACAAGGCUACCGAAGCAUCUCAAAGAGAAGCUAAACAAGCAGCGGAAGUUCCUUUCCUGGUAAAACUAAGAACAGAUGUGAAUAGAGUCACACCACAGGUCGCAAGGGUUCUCGAGAAGCUGCCACGGUGGUGCACGCCCUUCGGCAAGUCCACUUCUCCUCACACGCUAGCUUUCCUGACGGCCCUUCGGGUCGAUAUUUAG